GCCUCCUUAAUCAGGCCAAGAUCCAUCUCAGUCCAGCACUUUGUGUUCCUUCAACGCCUCCAUGGUGCUCACAAGGAGGAGAGACAGGAACCACUGCAAGAAAUCUGCAAGGGAGUCAUUAUCACUGAGCAGUACAUCUUGACAGCGGCCCACUGCUUGGCCAGGAUUGAUCGGAUUGAAGAUAUCAGUGUCAUCCUUGGAACCACCCACUUUGCAGUAGCUGAAAUCCGACGCCACCCGGAGUACAAUAAUCAGAAACUACAAAAUAAGGGCAUCCAGGAAUUUUAUGAUUAUGACGUGGCCCUGGUCAAACUCACCAAAAAACACCUACCAUAUUUUGCAAGGCCGGUCUGCCUCCCGUGCACGGUAGAAACCACUCGGAUUCUCAGAAAGCCACAUCCGCAGACCACUUGUAAGGAUCAUGAGGAAGAACUCCUGUAUGAUGGGAAUAUUCCUUCUCUUUUCAUAACCAACUGUGAAUAUAGCCAUGGCCAGAAAUCUGGAUUGCGCCAGAGAGAUGUGUGGAUCAAGAAUGGGGAAAAGAAAAUUGCCUGCACCUUGGAUGCCAAGAAAGCCAGCCAAUAUGAGAAGAUUGCAAACAUCUUGGAGUUGGUGACUGAACACUUCUUUUGCACAGGAAGCACUGAUCCCCCGGUGGACCCCAACGUUUGUUUAGAUGAUGCUGGUGGUCCACUCCUCAUUCAGAGAAGGCUACGUUACAUCCAGUUGGGUGUGAUGAGUUGGAGCGUGGCUGACGCUUGCAAAGGUAAUGUAUCAUUACCGUGUGACUCGGAGCCUGAAAAGCAGCCGCCCCUCCCCUACACCAGGGAUUUCUACAUCAACAUCUUCAAAAUCCUACCUUGGCUCAAGGAGCAAUUGAGAGAGGAUCUGCAUUUCCUGUAAACUGGCUCUUCCCAUCGCACAUGAGAUGUUUUGAAUAAAUGGAUCAAAUAUC